UCUACCAAUGAGCUAGUGUUACCCGUAGCGGAUGCUAUCUGGUUAGCCGUGGAAACGACCUAGUUUCCAACCGCUAGCAUUAGCGUUACAUCAUUGUGGGUCGUGUCUAUAGACCGUAUGGUCGUGUCCCACUUGGGAAACGACAGCCCAAAGACGACAUUGUGUACCAGUCUGUAAAAGUAAAUACGGGGACUGGAGAAUGUGACGGGCUGACCUGUAAAACUCCAACAACAUAUCGGAGCGGCAGUGACCUAGCACAUUUGUUUUUCUGGAGGGGGUGUUGCAAGACCCGAACGGUUUCAUCGUGCCUUGGUUUUGAGUCAAAAGAAGAAAUAUGUCCUGCCCAUGCACUUCGGCUGCUAGGUUGUUGCUAACAGCUCACAGAGGAUUGUCCUGCUCCCGGAUUCAGUUCUUUUCUCUGAGUCGGCAGGGUUCUUGGGAAAGUCCUUUACCUACCCGGGUGCGGGUGAGGACGUUUUCAGACACUGCAGCCUGCUAUGCCUCGAAAGAUGGGACACCAAAGGACAGUGGAAGUGAUGGUGGAAAGAAAAGCGUCAAUGAGGGGAAGAGACUUUCUGGCUCGGGAGGAUCCGGCAAGGGGGGAAGUCAGCUGCGCUGCCCCAAAUGUGGAGAUCCAUGCACACAUGUAGAGACCUUUGUCUCAUCAACACGAUUUGUAAAAUGUGAGAAAUGCCAUCACUUUUUCGUGGUUCUGUCUGAAACGGACUCAAAGAAGGGGUUAAACAAAGAGCCAGAGUCUGCUGCAGAGGCAGUAAAACUGGCAUUUGCACAGAAACCCCCCCCUCCCCCUAAGAAGAUAUAUGCUUAUCUUGACAAGUACGUUGUUGGCCAGUCCUAUGCAAAAAAGGUGUUAGCGGUUGCAGUAUACAAUCAUUACAAGCGUAUCUACAACAACAUUCCUGCUGGAAGUCGUCAGCAGGUUGAAGUGGAAAAACAGCCCUCUCUUACACCUCGGGAGAUAGAGAUGAGAAGACGAGAGAAUGAAUACAGAUUCACAAAGCUGCUGCAGAUUGCAGGCAUCAGUCCUCAUGGAAAUGCUCUGGGUGUGUCCAUGCAGCAGCAGGCCAGCCAGCAGACGCCUCCGGAGAAGAGGGGCGGUGAGGUCCUGGACUCCACAAACACUGAAAUUAAACUAGAGAAGAGCAACAUCAUACUUCUUGGCCCAACUGGCUCAGGUAAAACAUUGUUGGCACAGACACUGGCACGUUGUCUGGAUGUUCCCUUUGCAAUUUGUGAUUGCACCACACUUACUCAAGCUGGAUAUGUGGGAGAAGACAUCGAGUCUGUGAUUGCUAAACUGCUGCAAGAUGCCAAUUACUCUGUGGAGAAAGCACAGCAAGGUAUUGUGUUUCUGGAUGAGGUUGAUAAGAUUGGCAGUGUACCUGGGAUCCAUCAGCUCAGAGAUGUGGGAGGAGAAGGAGUCCAGCAGGGUUUGCUUAAACUCUUGGAGGGAACAGUUGUCAAUGUUCCCGAGAAAAACUCCAGGAAACUGAGAGGAGAAACUAUGCAGGUCGACACAACGAACAUAUUGUUUGUUGCAUCAGGUGCCUUCAAUGGACUUGACAGAAUAAUCAGCAGACGAAAAAAUGAAAAGUAUUUGGGAUUUGGAACGCCUUCGAACCUGGGUCAAGGGCGCCGUGCGGCAGCAGCAGCAGACUUGGCCAACACCAGUGGCGAGACAGACACAGUGGCAGAGAUCAUUGAGAAAGACAGAUUGCUCAAGCACGUCGAGGCUCGGGACCUGAUCGAGUUUGGAAUGAUCCCAGAGUUUGUUGGCCGUCUUCCUGUGGUCGUUCCUCUGCACAGCCUGGAUGAGGAGACGUUAGUUAGGAUCCUGACUGAACCACGAAAUGCUGUGGUGCCCCAGUACCAGGCGCUUUUCAGCAUGGACAAAUGUGAUCUCAAUGUGACUCAGGGUGCUUUGAAAGCUAUCGCCAGGAUGGCUCUGGAGAGAAAAACGGGAGCACGUGGGCUCCGAUCCAUCAUGGAAAAGCUGCUCCUCGAGCCCAUGUUUGAGGUGCCACACUCUGACAUCAUAGCUGUCGAGCUGAACAAAGAAGUUGUCCACGGAAAAUCCCUACCUAUAUAUUUGAGAGCUCCAGCCAAGGAGUCGGCAGAAGAGGAAUAUGACUCGGGCAUUGACGAGGAGAACUGGCCCAGACAGGCGGAUGCUGCGAACAACUGAACAUCAUGUUAAACAUUUUCAGCUAAAGACGACGCUGCCUGAAAUCUUAAGAUUAAUAUGAAUCAUUGGAUACCAACUGUUGGUUUUCUUGUAGCCCCCUGACAAAUGUGUGGUGUGUAGUGGUAAAGAAGGUUGUUGGUUCUCUCUGAGGAUUGUUAUCAUGAUUAACAAAUUAUAAUAGUGUAACAACCUUUGGUCCACUGCAUCAAUGUUAAUUAAUUAGUGGUGCACUCACAUGGUGGACCUUUAUAAAAUAUUUCAAUCUCUGGGGAUUGUGAACUUUUUUAUCUAUAUACAGAUAAGGCUAUUUUAUUCAUGAAUGGAUGUGUAGCUAGUUAUUUGUUUUUUUUUCUUUUUGUGGUGAUGGGCUGCAAUGGGAAAGGAAGCAAAUGGAAAGCAAACUAUGGGAUCACACUGUACACUUAUACGUGGGCUGCUUAGAAAGUGUAGAUGUGACAUUACCAUGUCCGAUAAUGCCUUAUGUCAUGAAGGCAUAAUAUUCCACAAGCACAUCAAUAUUUUUGAUGUGUUCUUCUUUACACCAUUGUUAUAAUGGUGCCCACAGUGAAAUAAGGCUGUAAAUGUUGAGCUACACUGCUUAGGUAACAUUUGUAAGCCGUUUGUAUGACAUGACCUCUAAAUAGGAGAACAUAUUUUGAAGUGUAAUGCACCAGCAUACUAAACAAUACAAUUACAAAACAAUUACCUUUUUUAAAAAAAACAGCCGGAAUGGUUAUGCUUUAAGUAUUUGUCUUCCUCCUUUAACCCACCCUUAAGGGAAUGUACAUGUGUUUACUCACAGACCUCCGUUCUCACAGGAUCAGUUCAGAAGACUGUUUGACAGGGCAGGAAACUGAAGCGUUAAUGAAUCGUCCUGUUAUUAUUUUAGUAGUUAUCCCCCUGUUUUCAUGACUCAAGUGUAUUUCUUAAACAGAUAGUCUAACUGAACUGAUUGCCUCUUUCACAGUCAAAACCCACUCUGUUAAACUCACUUCAUUUGCAGUGACAUAAUAUCCUGUUAUUUCAUAGCACCUCAGUUCACACGUCUGCAUUCAUGUCUUCACCAAAAUGCUCUCUGACUGAACCAUGCUGCUAUACUCUUGAUGCUGUUUGUGCUUUAGAAUGUGAUUAAACUAGAUCCGUUCUCCUUUUUUUUUGGUUUUAUGUUUUUCUUUCUUCCCUCAUGCUUUCCUGUUUUCAGAGGUCUGUUACUGAACCUGUAAACAACCCACGAUUGUGUGUCUGGAACUUAUUGUUAUUGUUUAAAAUGAAAAUAAAAUGUGUAUCUCUGUACAA